AUGACGUCAAAUAAAAAGUUCAUACUCAUUACUGGCGCGAAUUCGGGAAUUGGGUACGAUACGUCGUACAUCCUCGCCAACGCCUCAGCAGAUAACCAUGUCAUCAUGACCGCCCGUUCAGAAACCAAGGGCCGCAAAGCUCUACUUGAAAUCGAAGCUCGCAAACCGGCUGGUACGCUGAGCUUCGUCGAGCUUGACAUUACCUCUGACGACUCCAUCAAAGCGGCCGCGGAGCAAUUGGCAGUGAGAUUCGAUGCUAUCGAUGUCUUGGUCAACAAUGCCGGCAUCUAUAGCCAUGACGGGCCUGUCUCACGCGAACACCUCCAAGAGGUCUUCAACACCAACGUAUUUGGCGUAAUGUUAUUGACGCAGGCUUUGGAGCCCUUACUGAAGAAGUCUGUCGACCCUCGAAUCAUCAACGUUUCAUCUUCGCUUGGCUCCAUCAACCUUCGAAUGGACAAGUCCAUCAGGGAGUACCAUGUGACUGGCGAGGUCUACCGCAUGAGCAAGGCGGCCCUCAACAUGUUGACCGCAUCUCUGGCCUACCAGUACAGAACUUGGGAGCAUCCUGCCAAGGUUUGGGCAUUUGACCCUGGAUAUGUCGUUACCAACCUGGCAGGAGAGGGCGACAGACAGAACAAAAUCAACAACGGUGCAGAGUCGGCAGAAACCAGUGCCCAGGGAAUCUUGGAGAUGAUCCGCGGAGACAGAGAUGGAGAAAUGGAUCGAUUUGUAGCAAAACAGGCUAAGGUGCACCCUUGGUGA